AUGGACAAUACUGGGGAGAAAAUGAUCAGUGAACCAGUAAGAAUGGAAGGAAGACAAAACACACAAAGCAUGGGUCAUAGCCAACACAAAUUAGAUGCAUUGCCACCAGAAUCCUUAAUGAAUUUAAAUACUGAAGAAAGUAAAAACAUUAGUCUACCUGACCUGGAUGGCAAUCUAAGACAUAACGAUUAUACUAAUGAAUACGAAAACGAGGAUAAGAGUGAAGAGAACAAAGACAGUAUUGAAGAUACAGCUGUUAUUUGGAUCACAGGAGAUCCUGAGCAAAAACGUAAAAUCCAGACACAUGAGAGUGAUGAGCAACAAAGUGGAGAUGGAUCAGCUGCAGGUGAACUCUCUGAGCAACAUGCAAAUUUGCAGAUGGAGUCAAACGUGUUGCAUUUAGAGCUGGAUGGAUAUACUAAUAAUAAGUACAUAAAUAUUCCUGAGGAGAUCAUUGAUGAAGACUUAAAAUAUGUUCUCAAUGGUACUUAUGACAACAUGAAUCCUGUGCUCUUCCCAAAUGAAACUUACAAGGAUCAGAUUUUUAGAAAAACUAAUCUUGAAGAUGCUUUAUCAAUGCCACAAGAAAGUGAAAGCAACAUCAGCAAAGAUUAUAAUGAUAAUGGUGAUUCUUAUAAUAUGGGCAAAAGUGAAAAUCAGUUUAUAAAAAAAGGCAAAAAUAUGACAAGACUUUUAAGUGAUCCUGGCUUAAUGCAAAAAGAAGGAAUACAAGGAGAAGAAACCAUUGACCAAUCAAAGGAGAGCACUAACAUUGGAGAUGAUGUGCCAAAGUACCACAACAAAAUUAUUGAAUAUGGGAAAAGAAAAAAUAUCACAGGUCUAACUCUGACUACACGAUCACCUACACCUAAAAUUUUGGAUAUUUCUCUAAACAAUAGAAAUGGCAAAGUAGGUCUUUAUGAUCACGGACUUAAUUCUACUUCGAAGAAGGAAGUUAAAAAUGUUAAAACAAACAAGAAAAAACUAGCUGGUGACAUCAGUGAAGUUGGUAUAGAAGAUCCAUGUGCCAAUUUUCACUGUAAACGGGGAAAGACAUGUAUAACUGAUGGACAUGGAAAUCCACUGUGUGCCUGUCAAAAUCCAGACCUCUGUCAGCCCACUAACGUAAAUGAUCGGGUAUGUGGGACAGAUAACAAGACUUACAUCAGCGAUUGCCAUCUCUUUGCAACAAAGUGUCAGCUAGAAGGAACAAAGGAGGGCAGCCAUCUUCAUCUGGACUAUCAAGGAGCAUGCAAAUACUUACCUUGCACAUUCCCCAGUGUACUUGAUCAUUUUCCCUUCAGAAUGAGAGACUGGCUGAAAAAUGUCCUUAUCCAAUUGUAUGAAAGGGGCCUGGAAAAUACUGAACUUCUGUCAGAGAAGCAGAGGAACAAGGUCAAAAAAAUCUAUGAGAAUGAGAGGCGUUUACAGAAAGGUGAUCAUAACAUUGAACUCUUGGUGAAGGAUUUUCAGAAAAACUACCACAUGUAUGUAUAUCCCGUUCACUGGCAGUUUAACCAGCUUGAUCAACAUUCAAUAGACAGACUGCUUACAAGAUCAGAGCUUUCAGCACUGCGUGCCCCAUUGAUCCCGAUGGAACAUUGUGUGACAGCAUUUUUACAGGGCUGCAACACAAAUAAUGAUAAACACAUUUCCCUGCAGGAAUGGUGCCACUGCUUUGGAAUCAAAGAUGAUGAUAUUGAUGAAAACCUUUUGUUCUGAAUAAAGCUUAUUAUUGCA